AAUUACUGUUCGUUAAGAUUUUCAUUUUCAUUUGGAUUCGAUUUUCUCUAAGAACGAAAUAAAAGAUAAUAAUGGCAACCAUGGACUGGAACGAUGAAAUGUUCAAAAUGCUGAUUGCAAUUGAACGCCAAGCCAUCCUUUCGCUGGGCAACAUAAAAACGGUACUGACGCACAAUGGGCUUGCCAUCAAUCCCAAUUUCAAGCAGUACUUUUUGCAACUAUCGUAUGCCCGGUUGGCAGAGGCGUACCAUUACUUUGAAAUCAACUCACAGGUGGUGGGCAAAAUAUUCAGUCGAAACGCUAUAAAUAUGUUCGUUGCCACAAGUUCCAAUUCGAUUGAAAACAGAGGACGAAUGGGAAACAAAGAAAAAACCCGUAAAGUCGAUUACAUCGAAAUUGAUGACAGCGAUGAUGAACGCGCCAAAAGAACAGCAUCCGGAAUGAAGAUUAUUUCGAUUCAAGCUUGUCGCGACUUCGAAGUGAGACCCACAAGUGCCAAUGCUACCAGUGGUCGAUCGGGACAAGAUGAAGGUAGUAGCACAACGGUAAAUGGUGAGACUCGUAUUGGUGCGACCGUAAUCAAGAAGCGUAUGAUCAAAGCAGAGAUAAGUUCCCCGGAUGAAAAUCAUCAAAAUGGACACAAUAAUUCGACUGAAGCCACCGAAGAUGACCCGAUGGGAGAGCAUACCAAGGAGCAUACGUAUGCAAAAAAGGCGGUAGAAACGAUGAUUGAAAGCGGCCAGCAAUUGGCUGAAACGGUGGUAAAAUUGGAGACCGAACUUGAAAAGGUAAAGGAACAACUUAAAGAAGCGAAAAAAGUAGAAGACGCGUUGAAACUUAGUGACCAAAAAUUGGCUGAAGUAAUGGAGGAAUUGGCAAAGUACAAGGAACAAUACUCGGAAGCAAAGAAGAUGGACGAAGCGUUGCAAGCUCGUGACCAAAAAUUGGCCGAAGUUACAGCAGAAUUAGUGAUGUACAAGAACCAAUACAAUGAAGCAAAGAAGACGGAAGAGGCGUUGAAGGAAAGCGACCAGAAAUUGGAUAAAUUGACCAAAGAUUGGGAAAAGGCCAAAGAUGAAAUCACAGCACUCACCGACCAAUUGGAUCAAGCCAGAACGGAAAAUGCUGAAUUCAAGGUGGCAGACAGUAAUGCGGCCAAUCGUAUGAAGAUGCUUGAAGUAAAGUACGCUCAAUUGAUCAAUAUGAACAAACAGCUAAUGGAGACGAAUGAAAAACUAACCACGGAAAUGGAAGGUGUUACGGUGGAAAGAAAUCUAAUGGCUGAUCGAAUCACGGAAUUGGAGGUGGGUUGCGACAAUGUCUACGAUCAAUGCGCCAAAAUGAUCAGCGAUACCAAACAGAAACAAUGGUGUGUUACAUGCGGCAAGCCAGGUGGAACAUACUACUGCAGUGUGCAGUGUGAAGCCACACCGUCAGGCGAUAACAACAUGUUUUUUUAGGCAAUGAUUACAAAGAUCAUUGACACCAAUUGCCUUUUACGGCCAAUUUUAUAGUUUUAAGCCAAAUCAUGCUCUGAAUAUUUAAGCCAUAAAAAAUACAUGACCAUCAG